AAAAUCUGUGAACUAUGACCCAAUUUCCACACAUCCAAUGGCUCACAUCAGAAACUUGGUAGGACCACAGAGAUCCAUCUCAUGCUGCCAUAUCCACUCCAACGAAGAAGAAGAAGGAGAAGAAGCAGCAGAUGGUGGAGUAACCUAGGACUUGAGCCACACUCUAGAUAAUUGUAUCUCCCUGAAACCCCAACAAGAACCCAAUGUUGCAGUCCUCUCAACGCCUUUUCUCCUCCUUCUCCUUGCCUCUCUCUCCUUCACACAACCCAUGUCUGUCUCCUCCAUUCUACUCUCUCUCCAGACCCACCUCUCUCCACCUUGUCUCAGCCCACCUUCGGACCAGGGCGGAACCAUUGCUGGCCCAGGUUCCAGACACCACCACCACUGCCCCAGAGGAGGGACCCAUUGAACUCCCGCCGUCCUCGUCCUCCAUUUUCGCCACCACUGAUGACCCUACACCUCUGCAAGUGGCUACCAGCGUUCUCCUCACUGGGGCCAUCUCUGUGUUCCUCUUUCGCUCCAUACGACGUCGUGUAAAGCGAGCUAAAGAACUGAGAUUUAGGUCCUCAGGAGUGAAGAAGACAUUGAAGGAGGAGGCAUUGGAUAGUUUGAAGGCAAUGGGGUCAGGUUCUGUCAAAGCUGCACCACCUUCACCUGUUCAGGCAUUAUUGGGUGGAAUAACAGCAGGGGUGAUCGCCCUUAUCUUAUAUAAAUUUACUAUUACCAUCGAGGCAUCUCUUAAUCGGCAGACAGUGUCAGACAAUUUCUCGGUGCGCCAAAUAACAAUAACCAUAAGGACUAUUAUCAACGGGUUGUGCUACCUUGCAACAUUUGUUUUUGGCAUCAACUCUGUCGGUUUAUUCCUUUAUUCUGGUCAGCUAGCCCUCAACUCCUUCAUGGAAGGUUCUACAAGUGAAGAAACUCAAAUUAAAGGUGAAGAGCAGUUAAGCACACCCAAUACAUUGACUGACAGUCCCCCUGAUGGCACCCAAUUGAAUAGCAGUGAGGGGGACCAAAGAGCACAGGAUGAGCAAUAACGUAAGAGAACCAAAAUCAAACUGGAGGAAUAGGUUUCAGCCACAUCUCUCAUUGAUUCUACACAUGCAACUCAUGGCCAUGGUGUUUUUCCUUGAUCACUGUGCAAUUCAUCCUUUAUUACUAGCCUGUUAUUGUAUAAUACGGAAUGGUUUAUAGCAGCAGAUGUAGAUUUUUUUACUACCAGUUCUUUGUCUAUUAUUUUUUCUGAAGCUUAUCAAGAAGGGAUGAUAUAGUAAAAGUUUAAACUACUAAAAAGGCCGCCAUUUUUCUGGAAA